AUGAAAUCCUAUAUUAUUUCUACGAUAGCUGUGUCUGCCUUUUCAGUGCUAGUAGCAACGUAAAACACAACAUACUAGAGAGGGUUGAGUGAUCAUUUCAUUAAAUUCCUUGACAUUAACAAGAAUUAUUAUCCCUAUAAUUUCAACAGGACAUAUUAUUUUGGAGGAUCUUUCGGAGGUAAAGAAAAUGACUCCACUCCAAUUAAUAGAGUGCCUGUUGUUUUCGUUCAUGGCGCUGGAGAUAGAAUCUAUGGUGAUGAUCCAUCAAAUAAUGGGUUCAGGUACACCAUUGAAUAUUUCUUGGAUCAUGGCUAUACAAAGUCGGAACUCUAUGGCUCUAUGUGGGCUUUUGCGGAUCUCCCACCAAAAUAAUAUAACCUAGUCUCAGAUACUGAGUAUAUUAUCGCCAUUCGCAGAUUUAUUGAAGCAGUUUUGGAUUACACAGGUGCUCCUUAAGUUGAUGUAAUAUCUCACUCAAUGGGAGUGCCCUUAUCAAGAGCUGCUAUCAAAGGAGGAGUAUACCCCAUGCAAAAUAUUGGAGACAUCUAAAUGAAACCUAUCAAUGUCAAAAUCAGAACUUUUAUUGGAAUAGCAGGUCUCAACCAUGGUGUCUACUAUUGCUAAUUUAGUUUUAUCAGAUACCUAUUUUUGGGUUGCAAUGAUAAAAACGGUUUCUACCCUGGCAACAUUGUCAAUGGGAAAGUUGUAAAUCAAUCAGAGUUUGUUCAUAAUUUGAAUGAAGAUAAGACCAAAGAAGCUGACAAUGCCUAUGCUUUGAUUUCACUCCACGACUAUUAAAUCUUCUUCAACGGAGAGUAUAUGUCAGGUUUCCCUACAAUGGAUGCUGGCUUUGUAUUCACUAACCCUAAUUAUACUCAUCUAGGCUUGAGAGAUUUGACUGCUGAUUUUUAGUACAAACUUCUCAAUACUAAUUCAUCUGAUGAUGCUUCUUUAUCAGAGUAAGUAGAUUUAAUGGUAACAAAAAUAUACUCAAACAGUUAACACGAUACUGUAUCAGAGUAAAGAUCUCUACUUUUAUAAUGA